GAUUGGUCGAGCGUGCACGAGCUCCGCUGGCGGCUAGCUAGACACGUCUUCGGCAGCUGAGGGGAGCGUGAGGUGGUUCUGCUGAGUGGGGCUCCGAGAGCAUGGGCUGACAGAUAGGGAUCUAAAGAGGAGGAGGAGGAGGAGGCCAUGGCGGCCGUCGGGCUCAAGGCUGCGAGGGGCGGCAUGUGGUGGAAGAAGGGCGGCGGGGCGGGCAGCCUCCAGCUGGUGACCGCCGCCUCCUCUUGCUGCUCGGGCGGCUCGGCUCAAGGAGGCUCCGGCAGCAGAGGCGGCGGGGCUCAGGCCAAGGCCCACCACCACCAGCAGCAGCCGCCCCCUGUCAGCGGCGGCAGGGCCAGCCGAGGCGCAGCCCCAGCCUCUCCUCCGCCUUUGGGAAGCCAGCCCCAGCCGGGCCCCAUCGAGGGCGUCGACCCCAAGGGCUACCUCUGGGCCAGGUACCACGAGAUGAAGAAGCUGGUUCACGAUCUCCUUCCACCAGGAGUCUGUAGUCUUCUCAAUCCAGCAGCUAUCUAUGCAAAUAAUGAGAUCAGCCUAGGAGAUGUCGAGAUCUAUGGUUUUGAUUAUGAUUACACACUAGCACAAUAUUCAAAUUUGUUGCACUCUAUGAUAUUCAACACUGCCAGAGACAUCCUGAUUGAACAUUAUAAGUAUCCAGAGGGAUUAAUGAAGUAUGAAUACAUUCCAGGAUUUGCUAUAAGAGGACUUCACUAUGAUGUGCACAAAAGCCUUCUGAUGAAGAUUGAUGCUUUCCACUAUGUUCAGUUGGGUACGGCAUAUCAAGGACUGAAACCAGUGCCUGAUGAUGAAGUUAUUGAGAUGUAUGGUGGAACUCAACAUAUCCCGUUAUAUCAAAUGAGUGAUUUUUAUGGCAAGGGGCCGUCAAUUAAACAGUUUAUGGACAUUUUCUCCCUUCCUGAAAUGACCCUGCUUUCAUCAGUGACUGACUAUUUCAUGACUCACAAUAUUGAGUAUGACCAAGUUCAUCUUUUCAAGGAUAUCAGCGAUGCCAUCAAAGAUGUCCAUGUGAAAGGAAUGAUGUACAAAUGGAUUGAAAAGGACAUGGAAAAAUAUAUUCUUCAUGGAGAUGAAACCUAUGCUGUCCUAAAUCGCCUGGUUAAUCACAACAAAAAACUCUUUCUGAUCACAAAUAGUCCCUUUACUUUCGUUGAUAAAGGAAUGAAGUAUAUGGUUGGCAAGAGCUGGCGGGACCUUUUUGACAUGGUCAUUGUGCAAGCAGAUAAGCCCAACUUCUUCACUGACAGGCGCAAACCUUUCAGAAAAAUGGACGAGGAAGGGUCACUUCAUUGGGACAAAAUAAGCAAACUGGAAAAAGGAAAAAUCUACAAACAGGGCAAUCUGUUUGACUUUCUGAGGCUAACAGGUUGGCGUGGAUCCAAGGUCCUUUAUUUUGGUGACCAUUUGUACAGUGACCUUGCAGAUCUCAUGCUCCGUCAUGGUUGGAGGACAGGAGCCAUUGUUCCAGAGUUAGAAACAGAAAUACGGAUCAUUAACACAGAGCAGUACAUGCACUCUUUGACUUGGCAGCAAGCUCUUACAGGACUUUUGGAGAGAAUGCAGAUGUAUCAAGAUGCAGAAUCUAAGCAGGUGCUUCUAGAAUGGAUGAAAGAGCGACAGGAAAUUAGGUCACUUUCAAAGAACCUGUUUAACCCCCAGUUUGGGAGCAUCUUUCGUACUUUUCACAAUCCAACCUACUUUUCUCGAAGACUGAUUCGCUUCUCUGACAUCUACAUGGCAUCCAUCAGUUGCUUGCUGAAUUACGAUGUGAACUUCACCUUUUACCCUCGGCGAACCCCUCUGCAACAUGAAGCUCCCCUCUGGAUGGAUCAGCUCUGUACUGGUUGCAUGAAGACACCAUUCUUAGAGGAAAUGGUGCACAUCCGGUAAAAGGCAUCCAAAUAUGUAUGUAUGUUAAAAACAUUGCUGUAGUAAUCGCUGUUGUAUGUGAAAGGCUCAGCUGCUCACUCAUGGGCUGCAACUUGGUUACUAUGUGACCAUCACUAUACUUGUCCCACCAUCAGUUCCUGGAGAAUAUAACUGAGAUGAUUGAAUGCAAAGGUUAUAUAAAUUAUAUCUUUGAGAUGCUUUAUUGACAAGAAAUAAUCAAGGAUGGGUUAGGAUUUUUUAAAAGGGAGUGUUGUGUAACACCCAAAAUUCUUCCCCCCAAAAUAGAUUCCAGGCACUUCAAAAACUAAUAAUAAUAAUAAUAAUACUAAAGACCUUAGCUUUCACUUAAAAAUAAUCAGCGCUGACAAAAUCACCAUCUGUCAGCUUCAAAAGGCCACCCUACUUGGAUCUGCAUGCAUUAUUCGUCGAUACAUCACAUAGAUCUAGACACUUGGGAAGUGUCCAAUGUGUGAUCCAAUGCAACAACUAGCAUAGUAAUCUUGUUUGCUGUGUACUAAUCCUGUUGUGUAUCAAAUAAUAAUUUCAUGUGUUGCCUGCUUCUCCUAAUGACUCAGGACAGGGUUAAACACUGUGUUUCCCUUAUUUGAAAGCCUAGAACCAGAAGUGUGUUGGGAUGUAUGCAUCUACCUAAUAAGAUAUCUUGAAUAUCUUUGCCCCCCCCCCCACCACCACCAUUUCACAGACCCUUGUGCCUCUCUCCUGCCUCAUGUCUUAUUUGCUCUGUUUGAGAAAGAAGGUUGGAAAGAGACUGAGGAUGCACAAAAUGGAGGAAGUCCAAGUGUGGAGCUUAGCAUGCAUUCACACCACCUGUAUUUCACAGAUAUUUGUGCCUCUCUCCAGCCUUCCUCUUCUCUCAGGGGAUCCAGCAGUUACCUGCUUCCACCUUGCAAAUGGUAACCAAGAGCGCUAUUACUGCCUCUUGGAAGACAGAACUGGUGGCAAAAUGUUUUGGAUUUUGGAGCAUUUCAGAUAGAAAUCCUCAGCUGUAACAACUGGUAUUUUUAAAAAAAUUGCUUAUGAUAUGCAAGCCUGUUGAGCCAUGUUGUAUUAUUAGUACAUAGAAUAUAAAUUAUUCACACUUUCAUAGGAAUAACUACAAAGUAAGGCCUUAGUCAUCUUGUGUAACAUCCAGAUCAAUUUCACUAUACAAACUACACAAUAUACUAGAGUUGCUGCAAAAGUCAUUGCAGACAUUCAAGUUUAGUCAACUCACAAUGCACUUGAAACACAUUUAGAUACAUUUGAAGGCGACUUGUUUUUGAAGAAUUGGAUCAUAGUAAAAUGAAUAAGCAUAGGAUCAAGGCAGUAAAAUGAUUUUAUUAUUAACUUACCUAGCUUUUGUAUGUCAUGCUACUCAAAAUUAAAUAUUGUUUAUCAUUAAGAAGCAUGUCUUUCCACAACAUUGUAGACUGUAUGCCAUUGGAUUACACUUUAUUUCAACAAACUGUGUGAACUAACCAGUGGAAAACACUGUUUAUGACAACGUCAGCUAAUGUGGUGUAAGCAUUGUAAUGGCAUCACUUAAUUUUGCAGUUUGCAACAAAUGUGUAUAUUACCACUAUAUGCUAUGGUGAAAAGAACAUGUUUUAAACAUGGGGUGGUAUAAAUGUGACUUCAACUGAAAAACAUCCAUUUAAACUGUUCAGUUCUAUAUUUAUAUUUUAAUAUUUCAAGCAGCCAAGAACAAACAGAUACAAGUUAAUACUUCACUUGACAUAAUAAUGAAAGACACAAUACGUCUUUCAUCCCUACCUAGAUGUGUAUGUAAAGAAAUUAUUAUAAUGUUCAGUCUUUCAUCCUUCCUGUAUUUACAUCUGUAGCCAGGAUACUUUUUAACUUGAUACAAUUCACUAUUAAGGCCACAUUAUGUGGUGUUCUGGUUGACUUAAGUUGACUUAUUCAUUUAUCUCAUUCAAAAAGGUUACUUUUUAAAAAAAUUUAAGUUUUACUUUUUAGGCCAAGCCCAAUUUUGUUAUUGUCCUCCUUCUGUCACUGUACCCCAAUCAUGAGCCAAAGGCAUCCAAUUAAAGAUUUGGAUCUGGGAAGAGUGCAGAUGAGCUCCCUCUGUCACUUCCAGCUCCCCAUGCGGGGACAUCAGAGAAGCCUCCCACAAGGAUGGUAAAACAUCGAAACAUCCAGGCGUUUCCUAAGCAAUGUCCUUACAGACAGCCAAUUCUCUCACACCAGAAGCAACUUGCAAUUUCUCAAGUCAUUCCUGACACAAAAAAGUCCCCUCUACUCUACACAAUGAGACUAGCAUGAGACUUAACUUGAAUGUUUUAACUUUGUUCCUCCAUACACUAAUUAUGGAACCUGUUUCCACUGGAGUCUUGUCAUACAUCAUCGGGGCUGACUUGAGCUUCAGAUGGGAAAGGUCUUGAUGUCUGAUUGAGCUGACAAAUACUGCUUUAGCCAGUUAUAUCCACAGGUAUUGUUUGAAACUAAAUCAUGACUAAAUAAAACUGCUCAAAUUGAUUCCAGAACCAUAAGGAAGUCGAGUAAGGUGUUGUUGUUUUUUGGUCAGGAAUCAAAAAAUAUUGACAAAAGCUUGAAUAUCCCAAUAUGAUACCAAAGAAGCCUUACUGCCAGAUUGUGUGGUCAUUAUUUGUGACAGGGUCAUAUUUAUUGCUUUUUCUGUAUAGUGUGUUACAUGGUGAUGCUAAGAGUGGAGUAGCAACCUUUUUGUACUGCACAUUUUAUUAUAUUUGUUUAAGAGACUUCGGAGUUCUGUCCAUUCAUCUGAAUCAUGUCAUUAGGAAGUCUGUGCUUUUGCAUAAUCUCUGCUUUGAGCAACAGUAGAUGGCUCACUGUUUACAUUAAAUACGUUUUUUUAUUUAUUAAAAGGAAAGCCUUAAGUGCACAAAGCAGGAAUAAACUUGAUCUCAUUUAAUUUAUCUACCUAUUUAAAAUGUGCCAAGUUUUUGCUGUGCAGAAAUGAUCAAAUACGAUGGCAGGAUAUCCUAAUCUUGUUUCUCAAAACUAUUGUUGGCAUAGCAUUCAACAUCUGUUACGUCAUACUUUAAAAAAAAAACAAUCUGAGAUCAAACAGCCACUUUUGAUUAUGUAUUUUGGCUUGGCAUUCCUAUGGAGGAAGAAACUAACACUUGAAUAGAUGGCUGAAAAUGUUGGUUAUGUUUUUGAGUUAAAAUGGCUGAGCUGCAAGGACAACACACUACUAGCAGGAAAGUUCCAGGACAGCAGGACCCCAUGAAAGUGGGGAAAAACACUUGUUGUAUAUACCUGAGAAAACACCUCUCUAGGAAUCUCUAGAUAUCCAGGUUGAUCACCAAGUUGCCCUGGAGGACCUAGAGAAAACAUAUUAAAUUGCGAAAAAGCAAAUCUGCAGGUAUUAUACCCACAAAUACUGAGGACCAGCUGUACUACCAUCUUUGAACUUCAACUUAAGGCUCUUUGCGCCAUCUUUGAACUUCAAAAUAAAGCAGCAUUUCAGAUUUUUGGAACUGGCUAGAAAAAUCAGCUAAAGUAUUUUGUACCUACAACAGCAUGUGUAGCCAUUCAUUCUUGUUUCUUUUGUGUGAAUUCAAUAGAGUAUUAAAUAAACAUAUUCUGUAAGA